AUGCCCUUGGAACUUCCAGGCCUCAAAGUCUAUCUUCGCCCAGCGGAUGAUGCAGACACGGACGAAGAGGAGAUCCCAGUGUUCAAGCCUGAUACGGUCAGUUCAAGAUUGGUGACUGGGUAUGUACCUAGUGAGGCGGGUCAGUCGUUCGAAGUCUGUGUCCACAACGAAUUGGAAUCAGGCGAGAGCAUCGUCUACACCACAUACAUGGAUGGCCGCGAGAUGAACCGCUUCUCCGUCAAACCGUUCUUCAGUUCGGUUAUGGAAGGCGUGUAUAGCGCCGAGGGUGUCCGCCCGUUCACGUUCUCAGCACUUGAAUUGAAGGAAGACGACGGCGAAGAUCCUUCCUUCGACAUCUCGAAGCUCGGCACUAUCGAGGUUCAAAUCUGCCGCGUCACCAUCACGAACGAUAGCGUCUUGCCCGUCAUCUACCACCACGGUCCCGCACAAGCCAGACUUGAUGCCGUCUCCGAGAAGGCGAAGAAGAUCGGAUGGCAUAGUGUCUCGUUGGGUGAUGUGAAGCCGUCGGGGUCCGAGUUGAUCGCGGUACAGACGGAGUACAUCGACCCGCCAUCGAAACCUUAUGCUACCUUUCGUUUCCGGUACAAGCCACUUGAACUGCUCGAAGAUGAAGGUGUCGCUCCGCGGGCCGAGCGUCCACAGCUCACGGAGCCUUCGACGGGCGAUAAGCGACCUCGCCCCGAAGAUGAAUCAAAGCCGGGGCCCAAGGCGAAGCGAACGGCAGAUCAGGAGAACAUCAAGCCUGAGCCCACGGAUGGCUCUAUUGGCGACGCUCAUCCCCAUACUACGAAGCCGGACGGCGCUAAGCGGGUUAAACGCGAACAUGACGAGGUCAUAGACCUCACCAACCGCAUGCCUUCGCCUAUACGUGUUCCACCCGAGACGGUUAACCCUCAUCUGGUAUCCGGCUUUAUUUCAAGCGAAGCAGGUCAGUCGUUUGAGGUAUGGGUCGAUAAUGACCUCGUUUCCGGGGAGGGUAUCGCAUACACCAUAUAUAUGGAUGGUCGUGAAUUGAAUCGAUCGGCGUGCCUGCCGUUCGAAAAGACUUACUCGGAGGGAGUGUACAGUGCAGACGGUGUUCGCCCAUUCACGUUCUCCAAGCUCCAGCUCAAGGAGGACGACGGCGAAGCUCCGUCUUUUGAUCUCUCAAAGCUCGGUGUCAUCGAGGUCCACGUCUGGCGCGCUAUCGUUACCGACAGCUAUGACCCCCUCGCGUACGAUGACGACCCUGCACAAGCUAGCCUUGACCCUGUGUCAGAGAAGACGAAGAAGGUGGGAUGGCAUAGUGUUUCACUGGGCCUCCCAAAGCCCGCAGACGAUGUGCUGUCCUCUCACGUAGAAUUCAUCGACCCGCCGUCCACGCCAUAUGCCGUCUUCCGGUUUCUGUACAAGCCCAAAGAGCUACUUGAGGAUGAAGGCAUCGCGCCGCGCAAUGAUCGGCCGAAAUCUUCAGAGCCAUCGGUUGGCAGCAAGCGACCUUGGCCUGAAGAGAGUGCGGAUACAGGACCCAACGCCAAGCGACCCGCAACUGUUGACGUUAAACCAGAGCCGACUGGAGGUUCCCUAGGCGGCUCCCAGUCCAAGGCUCCGAAGGUGAAGGUUGCGAAGAUGGUUAAACCUGAGCGUGGCGAGAUCAUCGAUCUCACCAAUCGCGGACCCUCGCCUAUACGCGUUCCGAUGAGCGGUGAAGUAGUUGACCUGUCCGAUUAUUAG